UAUUAUUCGUUUCCAGGCAUUUCUCCAGCUGAAACAGGAAAAUUCGGAAGAGUAUUGUCUGUCAUCUUUUAUCGCGAAAAAAUUACGUAAAAUGCGCCAUGAUGCUUAUACCAAGUGCUCAGAAUCCUUAACUAGACUUUAAAGGCCCAGAUCAUGGGAUGUAGUCCAGCUAAAUCUCUAGGAAUAGUUGGUAAAAUCCAUAUUUUUCUUGGAGUUUUGGCCAUAGUGUUUGGAGUGGUUGCCCUUGAAGUAGCUCCACAUAAUUCCAAUGGAGUAUUUGGAAUGGGAAUCUGGCUCGGUGGAUGGAUGCUGAUUACUGGUGUGGUUGGUUUGGUAUCAGCAUAUAAUACCAAAAACUUCUGCACACUUGGGGGUUUCAUUGGCUGUUGUCUUGUUGGUAUGGUAUCUAUUUUAGUAUGUAGCAUCAUUCUUGGGGUUGCAGUACUGAAAAAUUUUGCCUUUGAGUCAACCGUUACAAGAGAAUACUACAAGGAGUAUGAUUAUGCAAAGUAUAUCCAUGAUGACUAUUAUAAACCACAAGAGUAUUUUGACCAGCGGAACAAGAAAGGCCGCAUCGGCUGUGGUGUAUAUGGGUCUUUAUUGAGUGUUAUGAUUUUGGAUGUGUUGACGUCUUUGGCAUCAUGCUACAUUGGGAAAAAUCUCAUUAAUACGGAACAAGUAAAUAUUGCAGGUGGUUCACAGCGACAAAGAAGAUCAAGACAAAUUCCAGGUUCAUCUGGUAUUAGAGGGAGGGUGAUUGUUAUCAACCAGUCACCUACAUUUGUUACUGGAAUACCAACUCAAGGUGGUUUUGUCGCAACUCCUUAUUAUCCUGGUCCAAAGCUACCAAAUUAUCUGGACAUUUACCCUGAAGGAGGCCCAACCUGGCAGUCUCCAGGAACAGAAGUCCCACAGUCCACAACACCCACUGCAUCCCUUGGACCACCUCCAGCAUAUACUCCAAAUGCAACAGACAGUACAACUACACAAGAGGAAAACCAAACUACAGACUCUUCCUAAUUGUUGCUUCAAUGUAGAUUAAUUUAUUAUCUGAAUUUUAUUUUUACAUGUACAUGUAUUGCAUGAGUGGCAUAGUGGUUUACUGCUUGCCUCUCACCGCUGUGGUCUGGGUUKGAGCCCYGGCUCAGACUGGAUCAKAUGUGAGUUGAGUUUKUUYGAUGUGUUGUUCUCUCCCUUGCCAUGAGGGUUUUCUCCGGUUUCCUCCCUCCAUAAAAAUCAACAUGUGAGUUGAGUGUUGUAUGUCGUAAAUAUAGAAUGUAGUGGUAGUGUGGGUGGAGGGAACCUCACGGAAGAGCCCCAUUUAGGGAGUGGUGGUCGUAAAAUGUGUUUUUUUAAAAAUAUGUUUAAUGAAUAUAGGGGAAAUAGAAAUAGACUUUGUUAUUUUGAUCAUUUGGCCUAAUUUGAUCUUAAUGUGUUCGCAGAUAAACAAGUAAACCCUUGCGUUUUAGCAUUAUAGCAUUUUUUUACACCAUUAUGACAAGAAAACUAUAUUAACAACAGUAUAUAUCACAGGCUCAAAUAGAUGUGCUCAUGUUUACAGUGCUUCCUAAUCACACACUCGCAAAAUCAUACACUUUGCUGUCACAACAAAACAGGGUUUUUGUGGAUAUUAAUAAAAGAUUUUCCAUGAAA